GCUCGUCCUUUCCCACCUAACCCCUUUUCCUCUCUCUCUCUCUCUCUCUCUCUCUCUCUCUCGAUCUCGAUCUCGAUCUCGAUCUCGCGAACGCGAUCCCUCGGAUCCUUUGUUCCUUGAUCGACGCGCCGGGGAUAUCGGGGAGAGCUGGAUCGGGCUUUGUGGCGGAUUCGCGCGGAGGAGCGCCUCCGAACGAGCUCGAUUUCGCCGGAGAUGGGGAUUUCUCGAGGGUUUUGAUCGGUUGGGGGCUCGGUCGCGGUUCGAAUUGGGAGGUUUCGAGCUUCUGCGAGGUUGAAUCGCGCGAGAACUCGUGUUCUCCGCCUGUUUCUUCUUCUUCUCCUUCUCGCUCUCGAUUUCGCCGUUUGCUGUUGUCGGAUUCGCGCGGGUUGCUUUUGGUCGCUUUGCUCCGAGAUCCCGCGGGGGUUUCGUGAGGAGAUUCGGGGUGCUUUGAGCUCGAAGGGGGCUAUUCUCGUGCUAAUCGCGGUUCCGAUCGUGUUCCUCGCGCUAGAUCUGAGGUUGCUGAGGAGAAUCACCACCCCUCCGUGAAUCCGGAGGAGAAGAGGAGUCGGAGCGCGCCUUUACUCUGCCUCAAGGCGUUAAAGGUCGCCCUUUUUGGUUCUAAAAGUAACGGAGAGUGGAAGAGGAAGUGUAGCAAGGGAGCGUUUUGAAGGGGGAGGUGCCUUUUCGCUUCCUAAAGAUCGUUGGAUUUGUUCCUAGGGUUUCUGCGAGGGCAAAGGGGAAUUUGAAGCGGCGUUGAAGUUAGUUAAUACGUGGACAACUGAGGGUUUAAUGGGCAUCUAAAGUGUCAAACUGGUUGGAAAGGCCAAAAGGAAGGGAUCUUUCGCUGUUUCUUUUAAGUAAUCUUCCUGUUGUAGCUUAUGGUUAACAGAUCUCUGGAGAAAUGGAGCAGAUAAGGGGGAGUUGGUUGCUUCCUUUUCACUUCUCUUAUCUAAAGUUUAGCCCUUGUUGAAUUGAGCUGUUGAAAGAGCGAGACAAAAAUUUCUAAUGGCGAUGCCGCCUCCGAAUUGUUUAGAUCGAGCUCCAACAGGUUCAGGGCCUUCUGGUGAUGCCCUAUAUAGGGAACUAUGGCAUGCAUGUGCAGGACCUCUUGUCACUUUACCCCGCCAGGAUGAGAGAGUUUAUUACUUUCCACAAGGUCAUAUGGAACAGCUUGAGGCAUCGACAAAUCAGGGCCUUGACCAGCAGGUCCCCUUCAUGAAUAUACCUUCAAAGAUCUUAUGCAGGGUAGUGAAUAUUGAUCUUCGAGCUGAGCCAGAUACAGAUGAAGUUUACGCACAGAUAAUGUUAAUACCCGAAUCAGAUAAAAUUGAGAUCACCAGCUCAGAUCCUCCAGUUCCUGAGCCUGAAAGGUGCACAGUCCAUUCCUUUUGCAAGACGCUAACUGCUUCAGAUACAAGCACUCAUGGGGGGUUCUCGGUUCUUAGGAGGCAUGCUGAUGAAUGUCUACCUCCACUGGAUAUGUCCCAGCAACCACCAUGGCAGGAAUUGGUUGCCAAAGAUCUUCAUGCGAAUGAAUGGCAUUUUCGUCAUAUUUUCCGAGGACAACCUAGGAGGCAUCUGCUCACCACUGGUUGGAGCGUUUUUGUUAGCUCAAAAAGAUUGGUUGCUGGUGAUGCAUUCAUUUUCUUAAGAGGCGAGAAUGGUGAAUUACGGGUUGGCGUGAGGAGGGUUAUGAGGCAAUUAAGCAACAUGCCGUCAUCUGUCAUAUCUAGCCACAGCAUGCAUCUUGGAGUUCUUGCUACUGCUUCUCAUGCUAUCUCUACUGGGACUCUUUUUAGUGUUUUCUACAAGCCAAGAACAAGUCGAUCCGAGUUUGUCAUAAGCGUCAACAAGUAUCUUGAAGCUAAAAAUCAAAAGAUGUCAGUGGGAAUGAGGUUUAAAAUGAGAUUUGAGGGUGAUGAAGCUCCAGAAAGAAGAUUUAGCGGAACUAUUAUUGGCGUCGGAGACAUGCCAGCAUCUCAAUGGAAAGAUUCUGAUUGGAGAUCUUUAAAGGUUCAAUGGGACGAACCUUCUUCUAUUCCCCGCCCUGACAGAGUUUCUCCAUGGGAGGUGGAGCCACUUGUUGCAUCUAAUCCGCCGACUUCUCUGCCUGCACCAAGGAAUAAACGAGCUCGGCCGCCACCUUCACCUUCUGUAACGCCAGAACUUUCUUCUGUGUUUGGUUUGUGGAAAUCUCCGCCUGAGUCUUCCCAGACUUUUUCAUUUACUGGGGGGCAGCGAGUUCAAGAGCUUUACUCAUCAUCCAGUCCCACCCAUCUGUUUUCAUCUGGAUCAAUCGGCUUUGGUGCAAAGAACGAGCCAUCUAUGGUAACCGCAAACCAGCUUUUCUGGCCAAUGAGAGACUCUCAGACCGGUUCCUAUUCUGCAAGUGUUAAUGUCAAAGAAACAAGCGAAAGAAAGCAAGAGUCCAGUGCUAGUGUGGGAUGCAGAUUAUUCGGGAUCCAGCUGGUAGAAAGUUCCGCAGUAGAAGAUGCCUCAGUGGUGGUAACUGUGUCCGGUGGGGUAUGUGAUAAUCACGCUGCGAACUCAAUAGAUGUGGACUCCGAUCGGCAAUCUCAGCCUUCAAAUGGAACCAAGUCUGAUGCCCCUGCAGUGAGCAGCGAGCGAUCGCCCCAUGAAAAUCAAAGCCGCCAAGUGAGGAGCUGCACAAAGGUUCACAUGCAAGGAAAGGCUGUUGGGAGGGCGGUUGAUUUGACGAGAUUAGAUGGGUAUAGAGACUUCCUCCUCAAGCUGGAGGAGAUGUUCAGUAUCGAAGGAGAGCUCACUGGUACUAUGAAGAAAUGGCAGGUUGUAUACACCGACGAUGAGGACGACAUGAUGAUGGUUGGAGAUGAUCCUUGGAACGAGUUCUGCAGCAUGGUGAGGAAGAUCUACAUCUUCACAUAUGAAGAAGCCAAGAGGCUGUCUCCCAAGGGAAAGCCAUCGCUUUUCGGCGACGUCAUGAAGCCAAGCCCGAAGAAGGCCUCACCGGAAGCCAACAUGGAUGACCGCGACCGGCCUGCUGAUAAUGAUUGCUAACUCUUCUUUCCUUUUUUCUUUUUCCUUUUUGAACCAAGUAGGAUGUAGCUGCUGUUCGAUUGGAUUGUGGGCCCUACGGUGGGGCCCGAUUCUGUUCCACGCCAUGCUUUGGUCGUGGCGCCAUGUAUUGUGCCCUCAUUAACACCUAGCAGAAGUGGUUUCGGCAGAUGGUUGCACUCUAGCUUUUGGCAAGAUCAUCGUUAUUUCCAGUGUGAGGGUUGGCAGGCAAGGCUUCUUGUUGGGCAACUUCAGAUAACUAAUUAGGGUGUAGAUGUGUGCGCCGAACGCACGACUAUCUUUUUUAUCUUGUUCCUAGCUUUUCACUAGCAAAUAGAAUAUAUGUGUAACUAUUAGCGGUACCGUAACAUGCAAACGCAUUGCUGGAUGCGUUAUUCGGCUUCUUUAGGGUUGUCUAGCUAUGUUUGAUUACCUGAUGCUGUGUUGUUGUCAUCGCUGUUGUCGUCAAUAUUGUCAUCCAAAGCCUAUGUACAUAUGUGAUUGAAUGUGGUCUUUUUGUCGUUCUUAUUCUGUGUUCUUAUUCUGUUUAGGUGAAAAUGUACUGAUAUUAUUGAAAAUAUUCUGCACUUCGAAA